AUGACGACUAAAACCAUUCACUUUAUGGUGAACGGGCGCAAGGAGACGGCUGAGUUUGGAGAGGACUGCUCUGACUCUGAGGUCAAAGACUUGUUUCUGGCGGCGGCGGAGGUGGGACCAGAGCACAUCUUGAAGCUCUUCAGCUCAGAUGGACGACUUUUGAAGAUCUCAGCCUCACUGCAGCAGAACCUCAAGUGUGCCCCCUACAGGCUGCAGCUGGCAUCAGACUCAUGUGUUGCCAUGCCAACGCAGCUGGGUGCCAUGGAGAUGAGGCUGCAGCAGCUGGAGCAUCGUGUAAUGGAGCUGAGCCAGAGUCCAGAACUGCUCCAAGACCUAGAACGAGAGGUGGAGGGCUUCAAGAGAAAACUACAAAGCGUAGAGCACUUAAGCUGGAUGGGCUUAUUCAGAGAUAACACAGAGAAGUUCAUUCACAAAACGGGGCCCAGACUGAUGAGCGUGCACGAGAAGCCCACGACUGUGCAUGGACCUGCUCUGAGCGUGCAUGAGGAGCGGCACAGAGUCCGGACUGCGUUUCUCAACAUGAGUUCUCUGCAGGUGAGUGAGGAGGUCCGAGAAUACCUCAAGACCCCCAUGUUUGAUAACUGGCAGUGGGAGGAGCCGGAGAUGCUGGUCCUGAUUCAGACCAUGUUUGAGGAUUUGGACUUUGUGUCCGAGUUCCAGAUGGAGACCAGAGUCCUUCAAAACUUCCUCUUGGAAGUGCACAGCCACUACAACCACAUCGCCUUCCACAACUUCCACCACUGCUUCUGCGUCACCCAGAUGAUGUAUGGUCUAAUAUGGCUGACUGACCUCAAGACCAAACUAAGCCGAACCGAUCUGCUGAUCAUGUUAACCUCCGCCCUAUGCCACGACCUCGACCACCCAGGCUACAACAAUGUCUACCAGAUUAAUGCUCAGACGGAUCUGGCUCUCAGAUACAAUGACAUCUCUCCUUUAGAAAACCAUCAUUGUGCUGUUGCUUUCAGCAUCAUCUGCAAGCCUGACUGUAAUAUCCUGAAGAACGUGACCUCUGAGCAGUACAAACAGAUCCGGGCCGGAAUGAUCAAGUGCAUUCUGGCCACAGACAUGGCUCGACACAACGAGAUCCUCAAUAGGUUCAGAGCCAUCCAGCCCACGUUUGACUUCACCAAUAAGGAGCACAAAGAAGUGCUGAUGAAGAUCAUGGUGAAAGUGAGCGACAUCUCAAAUGAAGCUCGGCCCAUGUCUGUGGCUGAACCUUGGUUAGACUGCCUCCUCCAAGAGUUCUUCAACCAGAGCGACACAGAGAAGCUUCGUGGGUUGCCAGUGACUCCGUUCAUGGACAGAGACAAAGUUUCAAAGCCGUCGUCUCAAACAAACUUCAUCAGAUUCGUCCUUCUGCCUCUUUUCACAGAGCUCACCAAACUCUUCCCCUGUCUCGAGCAGCACAUUUUGGAGCCUGUGCGUCGUGCUCUGGAAUAUUACAGAGAACUUGAGAAGAAUGCAGCGGAUCUACAGAGCUCAACACAGACCAAAACCUAA